AAAAGAAGAAAAAGAAUGAGGGACAAAAUAUAUAAAAAAAAAGGAUUGCGCUUUAUAGAAAUCACAUCCUGAAACACAAGCAUUUGAUAGCUGGCCAAACACAUACAAAAAAAGGGAUAAAGUGACGUAACAUAAAUCAGAGACCCUGUCUCCUUAUAAACAAAAAAAAAGUUACUCUUACAAAAAAUAAUCUUUUCAGGGUUUUUGCUUCCUAGAAUAACAAUGCCUUUAUCCAAAUCUGAUAAAAAAGUCCUCGAACUGUUGACCAUACAAGCCAAUGAUGAGAGAGAGGUGAAAAUGCAAUUAAACACUAACCAGCUCAGAAGAAUAAAGAAGCAUCUAGAGGAGAAAAACAACAAAAAAAGAAGCUCAAUUUCUCAAUCACGCAGACAAACAUCAAGAGUAAAGUUAACUGCAAAAGAUAGUAUUACCAUAGCUGGCCUUAGAGGCACUCUAGGAAGUAACUUGCUCAGGAUUGGCGACGAGAUUCCAAUAUCAAGCACGCGUUCAAAAUGUUUUUCUUAUUUUUGCAAAAAUGGAAUUGUUGAUAUUAGCGAUAACAGUAAGCAGAACUUACAGCUAUGUUUACUUGGUUCUUAUGUGGAAAAUUUUUUAAAAUCCACAAAGUAUAAACAUACAACUGAUUGCGCCAAUGAUCCCAACAUCAGGUGUUUGGAAAAAAGUUUUAAAAACGUUAGGAAUAAAAAUACCGUCAUGAGUGCCUAUAUGUCUGUUGAGAACUACCAGUGCCAGAAUAACGAAGAAAGAAAAGUCAAGAAAAUAUACAGCCAUAUACUCAAUCAGCACGCCUUCCGCCAUCAUAUGUUUGAUCCAAGCCUUCUAGUGACCUAUUCAGAACAAUCUUAUAUAGUAAAAUUCUGGGGCUAUCUGUUUGAAGAAUACUUUGGUAUAAGAAGCGAUAUUUAUUUGCAAUGGGGCGAUACCACAUCUAAAAGCUGUAAAGAGGCAGGCUUGGGUUUUCGUCUAGAUCUUCGUAUUAUAGCAUUCACUAGUAGCCAGAAUGUUGAUGUUUUAAAUGGUGAAGUUGCAAAAAUGACAGCAGCAAAUGAAGACAAGUACUACUAUGAUAAGCGCAAGGCAGUCUUAGCAGCCAAGAACCACCUAAAUCAUCUUGUCGUAAACACAAAGUAUCUACUUCCUAAAGAUAUUCAUACCAUUUAUAUGCCAAUUGUUCAGAUCAUGGGCAUGAGCUGUCACUUGUAUGUGCUUUCCUUGAUCGAUAAAGGUCUUUAUCUUCUUCAGCGAGUCUAUACAAUGUCCUAUCCACAAUCGAAUCAUGAGAUCAGAACCGGCGCAAUACAAAAAAUUAUCCGAGGCUUUGCCUUGAUAGAAGACAUAUUACAAAACGCUCUUGAUAUCUAUGAUGAAUACAGUAAAGACACACAAGAUAUCAUUUUAAAGAAGAUUAUUAAAAAAAAAGGAUGUCAGAAAGUUGAUAUUAAUGACUGGAUCUCGCUUGUAAUUGAACCAGAAGAUUAUGAAGAAGACAGAGGAAAUAAUGAAGACGAAGACGAAGCCGAAGAAGCCGAAGAAGACGAAGUUGAAGAAGACGAAGCCGAAGACGAUGAAGCAAGCAGUGAAAGUCAAAUAUAAUUUACUAGUUCCUAUCAUUAUAUAGCUUUCCAAAACAAUUUUUUUUUAAAAUAAAAUAUAACAAGAGCUGAAUGUCUUUUCAUUGUGUUCUUACGAAACGAUAG